CUUUUAAUAAUUUUCUUUCCCGAAAGGUACAAUACAUUGCUGCUUGUUUUUGAGCUCCCUACACAACCACUUGCCCUUCCACUUUUUUGUUUUUACUCUUGUUGUUGCUGCUGCUGCUAGCAUUGAUGCUGUUCUAGUUAGGUGGGUAGAUGGGUCUAUAAUCUUAAUCCAAUUCCCGAAGAAAGAAGGAAAGGGAAAGUUCACUUCUUCCAGGUUACAUGGAAGAGGGAGAUGAGUAUCGUCGUUGGGAUGAAUUGAUACCAGAUGCCCUUGGGCUGAUUUUCCGCAACCUUUCUCUUCAGGAGAUACUAACCAUGGUCCCAAGGGUUUGCAAAUCAUGGAGCAGAGCAGUUUCAGGGCCAUAUUGCUGGCAAGAGAUCAACAUUGAGGAAUGGAGUACUAGGUGCCAUCCUGAUCACCUUGAUCGCAUGCUUCAAAUGUUGAUCACGAGAAGCUGUGGAUCCCUCCGCAAACUCUCUGUCUCUGGACUCCACAAUGAUACAAAUUUCUCAUUCCUUGCAGACCAUGCUGGUUCCCUCCAGACGUUGCGGAUUCCGAGAAGUGAUAUUAGUGAUUCGAUAGUUGAACAGAUUGCUGGAAGGCUUUCCACUGUCACUUUCUUGGAUGUGAGCUACUGUAAUAAAAUUAGUGGGCGCGCUUUAGAGGCAAUUGGAAAGCAUUGCAAAUUGCUUGUGGGGCUGUGCCGGAAUAUGCACCCAUUAGAUACAGAAGGCUUGGAAGCCCAAGAUGAUGAGGCUUAUGCCAUUGCCACCACCAUGCCUAAGCUGAAGCGCUUAGAAAUGGCUUACCAUCUUGUUAGCACAGAAAGUUUAUUGCAGAUCCUUUCAAGCUGUACCAAUCUUGAGUUUAUGGAUUUGAGAGGGUGCUGGAAUGUGAAUCUUGAUAACAAGUUCUUCAAGGAGAAGUUCCAAAAGCUGACAGUACUGGGGCCUCUUGUAAUGGAGGACUAUUAUGAGGCAAAUGAUUGGGAAGAAGAUUGCUCCGAAUAUUCAGAUGAUUCUGAUUACUUGGCCUGGGGAUUUUUAGCUGGUGACGGGGGAGACUAUGACGAUGAUGAGAGUUAUGAUGAGAUGUGGGAUGAUGAGGGAAGGCUGGAGGAACUUGAGCUCAGGUUCUAUGAAGGAGCUGAUGCUGGACUGUACGGUUGGCCUCCAUCUCCAUAGGUUCAGUUUCCACUCUUGUCUUAUUGUUCACUUUUCCUGUUUGUAGCACUAAAUACCUCCACCUACAUGCCGUAUGGAUAUAACUGUUUCGAUAGGGAUGAAGUUGUAUGCUUUAUGUCACCCCCUUGUUAUCUGAAUUUUAAGGAAAAGCGACGUGUUGCAAAUUUGCAAUGGUAUAUGCAGGCAUGAGAAAAGCUCAGGAGAAAUGGUCUAUCAAUUUAGUUGAAUCAAACUUUGAGAGAACUGAAAACCAGUUGUCAAAUAGGUGGAAAUUGGUACAUAUCUUUUGAGAUAUCAUUAGUUCGUGUCUCACAAGCGACCAACCGAUUUUGGAAUAGGAGAAGCGGCCCCUGUUGAUAUUUUUGAAGGGUGAUGGGUCCUGUCAUUGAUGAUUUGUCCAGGUUGCUUUCCACUUAGCAUGCACAGCUUAGGCUCAUCCUUUCAAAUUCAAUGCUGCCAUUAAUAUUCUUCAGCUGUGUGAUACUCUGUUUCCCUUUCUUUUGUAACAAUCACUGGAUACCCGCCUCUGCAAAACGACCUCAGUCUUUUAGCUUUCCUAUUUUACGUUCUUAAUCCUGGACUUUGGUUACAUGUUGAAUAUUAUCAUUUCUUUCUGGCCGAGUCUAGGCUAAAAAGCUUCUCAGAACAUAUUGAGUAUGUGAAACUGUUUGCUAGAUGCAUCAGAUCCACCACGUCGGUCAUGGUUAACCGAGGUUUAAUUAAAGUAGCAUCUUUUAAUU